GCUCCUACGGUGAGAGGAGGGGGUGAAAAAAAAAGAGGAGAGAGGACUUUCAAACACGUCGGCAUAAAUCUCGCAUCCAGAGGCUCCCCUUUCCUUUUUCUGUGUGGCUUUCUCCAGCUCUCUUCGCUCCUGACUGGACUUCGCCACUUUCUAUCCCUCUGCGCGCCCAUGCCCGAGACCGCGCCGAAACGACGGAUUUUCCCCCCUCGAGCAUGACAAGGAUUGCCAAAUCAUCCGCAAUCCAACAUCACCGGCCGAGCCACCAGCAUGAGCACUGGAUACAUACGCUCCAGCAGAAGUUGUUGGCCGGAGAACUAAGACGUCUUGGAGCACAGAUACAGCGGAGAGGGGAGAGUCAGUUUUAGGUCUCCAAAUAAUGGAGCGAGAAUGAACAGAGAGCGGCUUAAAAAAAAGCAUGAACUGGAGGUUUAUUGAGGUCAUCUGCUUCCUGUUUAUAUGGGACCAUAUAACAGUUCAGUCUUCCCGCCAGGACCCAUUGGCCACUGAGCAACAUGUCACCAAGCAAUAUGACUGGCUCAUCUCGGACCGCGGACCUUUCCACCACUCUCGAAGUUAUAUGUCCUUUGUGGAAAGAUUCCGCCAAGGAUUUACGACCAGAUAUAAAAUUUAUAGGGAAUUUGCACGUUGGAAGGUGAGGAACACCGCGAUCGAGCGGAGGGACCUGAUCCGGAACCCCGUGCCACUCAUGCCUGAGUUCCAGCGGAGCGUUCGCCUGCUGGGCCGCAGACCCACCACUCAGCAGUUCAUCGACACCAUCAUUAAGAAAUAUGGAACCCACAUACUCAUCUCCGCCACCCUGGGAGGGGAGGAGGCGCUGACUAUGUACCUGGCCAAAAACAAGCUGGACAGGAAGCUUGUCAACUCCACUCAGAACGUGGAGGCCCUCCAUCAGCUCGCCUCGUCAUACUUCAUUGACCGCGAUGGCACGAUGAGGAAGCUGCACGAGAUCCAGAUUUCCACCAAUGCCAUCAAGGUGACGGAGACACGGACGGGGCCACUGGGAUGCAGCAGCUACGACAAUCUGGACUCGGUGAGCUCCAUCCUGCUGCAGAGCCCCGAGAGCAAGCUUCAUCUGCAAGGUCUUCAGGUAAUUUUCCCAGAAUACCUGCAGGAGAAAUUCGUCCAGUCAGCUCUGAGCUACAUUAUGUGCAAUGGAGAGGGCGAGUACGUCUGCCGCAGCAACCAGUGCAUCUGCCAAUGCGCCGAGGAGUAUCCCCAAUGCAACUGUCCCAUCACCGACAUCCAGAUCAUGGAGAACACCCUGCUGGGGAUGUCUGAGUCAUGGGCUACCUCUUAUAAAGACUUUGAGAAUUCUGAUGAGUUCAAGUCCUUCCUGAAGAGGCUGCCCUCCACUCACUUCCUGCCCAUCAGCAGUGUGCAUCUCCUCUGGGGCAGCGACUGGGACCUGCAAGCCAGAUACAGGCUGCUCCAGAGUUCCCUGGAGAUUCAGAGGCUCAAGAUCCAGCGCACUGCCCGCAAGCUUUUUGGCCUCAGCAUCCGUUGUCACCACAACCCCAACCACCAGAUGCCUAGGGAGAGGUCUGUGAUGCAGUGGCUCAACAGGGUUCAGUCCUUCCUCUACUGCAAUGAGAAUGGGUUCUGGGGGACCUUCCUGGAGAGCCAGAGGACAUGCGUGUGCCACACGGGCGUCACCCUGUGCCUGAGACCCAUCCCGUGUGUCAUCGGCGGCAACAACAGCUGUGCUAUGUGCAGCCUGGCCAACAUCUCGCAAUGUGGCUCCUGCAACAAGGGCUACAAGUUGUACCGCGGCCGAUGUGAGCCCCAGAACGUGGACUCAGAGCGCAGCGAGCAGUUCAUCAGCUUCGAAACCGAUUUGGACUUUCAGGACCUGGAACUCAAGUACCUGCUGCAGAAGAUGGAUUCACGGCUGUACAUUCACACCACGUUCAUCAGUAACGAGAUCCGCCUGGAGACAUUCUUUGACCCCCGGUGGCGUAAGCGCAUGUCCCUGACCCUGAAAAGUAACAAAAACCGGAUGGACUACCUCCACAUGAUCAUCGGCCUCUCGAUGAAGAUCUGCCAGAUGCGAAAUAGCAGCAUUGAUCCCAUGUUCUUUGUUUACGUCAACCCAUUCAGUGGCAGUCACUCGGAAGGCUGGAGCAUGCCCUUCGGGGAACACGGCUACCCACGCUGGGAAAAGGUACGACUGCAGAACUCCCAGUGCUUCAACUGGACUCUCCUGCUGGGCAACCGGUGGAAGACCUUCUUUGAGACGGUGCACAUCUACCUGCGUAGCCGUGCUAAGAUCCCGACGGGCCUACGCAACGACACGGGUCAGGGUCCGGUGGAUCUCGCCGACCCGAACAAACGGCAGAUCUACAUCAAAAUAUCUGAUAUCCAAGUUUUCGGCUACAGCCUGCGUUUUAAUGCCGACCUGCUCCGCAGUGCUGUGCAGCAGGUCAACCAGUCGUACACACAAGGAACUCAGUUCUACUCAUCCUCAUCUGUCAUGCUCCUGCUCCUGGACAUUAGGGAUCGGAUUAACCGCCUCGCCCCUCCGUCUGCUCCUGGCAAACCCCAGCUGGACCUCUUCUCUUGUAUGCUGAAGCAUCGGCUCAAGCUCAACAACAGCGAGAUGAUUCGAGUUAAUCAUGCCUUGGACAUGUACAGCACAGAAAUACUAAAACAGUCGGAUCACCUGACUGCAAAACUCUGUUGAACCCAGUGGCGUGGACAGAAGGACGGCAAGCUCAACACACAAACGCCGACAGAUGAACUACGGAGGGAUAUUAAUCUUGAUUUCUUUUCUCUUUCUCAUUUUUGGACCUUUUCUGCCUUUUGAUGUACUAUUAACUUUGUAAGCAUAAUUCUUAAAGAGAAAACAAAAGGCAGUGAUGAAAAGCAUUUCAGGAAGAUGAAGAAGAUUCGUGGAACAACUCUAUGGACUGUAUCAUAUUUGUCCCAGCAUGUCUGUCAUUCCCUUAAUGAACUAUAAAGAGCGAGAGAGAAAAAAAGAAAUAUAAAAAUGUAUGUACUGGUGAAAAAGAGGCCUUGAUUUUAGUCUGAGGGAUCAAAGGUUAUAUCUGAAACUGCCAUUCUUUACUGGGGGAACAAAAAAAAGAAGAAAAAAACAUUUAACAUUUUUAAAGGAAUAAUGACAUAACACAAAGGGCAGUCCAGAUAUCCUUUUAUUUCAGCUAAUGUGCAAACUAUUUCCGACAGUUUAAUAUCAAAGAUGUUUAUAUACAUUGUAAGGAUUAAAUAGCCCUAGUGAGUAAGUAGUCAACAAAUUACUUAUAGACUCUUUAUUACAUCUCAAACCCACAGUGUGUCUGCAUUGCUCUUUGUGAGUUAUGAGGCCACUCCGUCAUUGUUCUGACACAUAAGGCACACAGCAGGGCAGUAAUGGAUAGUCAUGUCAAAUAACAAAAAGCCAGCUGUUUAUAUAUACAUAUAUAUGUGGGUGAAUGUGUGCGUAUGUGAGUGUGCAAGUGUGCGCAUACCUUUUUUUGGCUUGAUGCUUAUUGCUGUUCGUUAAUUGAAUGUUUCAUUUGAGAUUGACUCCAGUCUGAGCUGAAUCUCGCAUUUGGAUCGCUUCUUCCCGUGUUUGAAAUUCCAGCUGUGUUUUUUCACAAGGCAGUACCUCCUGGUGCGUGAGUGCAAUAUUGUGGUCUGAAGAUUUAACAAUCAAUGCUAUUUUGUACAGCUUUGCAAAAUGUACAUGUUGUGACUGCUGAUUCGUGGAGCUUUCCAGCACCAAGAGCAAAAUGUAAACAUUCAUUGUUCAGGCACAUUCGCAAGACAACUUAAAGCCAUACACUUCCCUGAGGUAGACAUACAACAUGAAGCUCAUCCAUGGUUCACUUAGUACCUACAUGGAAAAAGAUGUUCCAUUUAUAUGUUUUUAUUUUAUUCUCUCACUUGAUUCCAUCCAGCAAAAAGACAGAUGAAAAGAGAGGGAACAUAGUGCUGGAUGCAAAUUGUUUUAAAGCCAUUGAAUGUGUCACAGGGGGAAAAAAAAUUAUAUAAAUGCUUAUAUUAAAGCUUAAAAUACCUUUUUGGCAGUGAUUAAUAUGUAAGCUUUUCAUGCCCAUGUGUAAAAAUGUUUGUUUCUCUAUCUAGAUGUCAAAGUUUCUUCUGCAUGUUGGUGAAAACAUCAGCAAAGCUGCAACGUUUAUCAUUUUGAAUCAUCAAAUUUGAAAUUUAAAAACCUACUACACUACUAUCAAUCAAAAGUUUAAUAACACCUCAGUUUUUAUUAAAAACUUUUAGCAGUAAGUCUCAAGGGAAUAACCUUAAACGCAGUAAGGAGUAAUUUGGCAAAAGCAACAAAAAGAAGAGGAAAGUAAAGUUCAUGAAAAACAGGCUUUUUUCAAGGAUGACAAAUUUGUUAAAUUACAAGGUUCCUGCAGCAAUGGAAGUUAAUUAGGCCUUGAAAGAUACUGCAAACAAUUCCUACAGGUAAACCAACUUAUUUUAAAUUACAAAGUCUGUUGAUUACCAGCUGGAACAAACUGUGUUAAUACGCAAUUGGAUCCAUUAUGAGGACAAUACUGUGCUGAGGGACGGGUUAGACCAUCCCAGUUACCAGAUGAACUGGACAGGAUGUGAUUUUAUGCAUCCGUGGAAACUUCUACAACCCUGUUGGGCCUAAUUUUUCCAACCAAUAUUUCAUUUGAUUUAUGCAACAACUAAAACUGAGGGGUUGUAAAACCUUUUUGUGUAUUGAUAGUACUUCAAGUCCCACUUUAUUUGGUUAAUCGGAUGCUGAAACAUCGCUUUUACUGGUGACCUUUUUGUAGGUCCACAUUAUUACUUGCAUAUUUGUCCACAACAAGAAAGGCAAGGUCCACCCAUGUCGUAGCUGUUCUGGCGUUGAAACAUACAAAUAAAGAGGCAACCAUCUGUUGCCGCUGUGUCACCCAAACUCUGAAAAACCUCCCUACUAUAAAAGCUGCAGGUGCAAGCUUUUAGAAUAGUAUUUAUAACCCAUUGAUUCCAUAUGUCUUGCGUCCCUUGAUGUACCUUUAGUUUGGUUGGUUGCCUUGAUAUUAUUUUGUUGAACUUUGUUGUAUGUUUAAAAAGCUGUACUAGUCCUUUUUUUUUGUGAUUAAAUAACUUGUGAGGUUAGCUGUAAGCAGUGGCACGUAAAAUAUCUGGAAACAACCAGUUCCAAUGGGGACAUAAACGUGGGCGGGUCAAACAAUGAAACUGAAAAGUUCUUGAAAUAACACCGUAAAUAGUUCGAGCAAUGAUUCAAGAGAGACAUGCAUCGGUCCUGGAAUUUCUGGUGAUU